CCAAUUAACGUUGUUGCAGAAACCCAUGGCAGUCCUUCCCUCCCUACUAAAUUUCAAACCUCUGCAGCAUCCCCUUGCACUUCAAGUACUGCAGUCUCAUGAAUCUAAUAUGGUGAAAUAUCCUCAGCAGAAACAAUUGGAAAUGCGUCAUUUGCUGCUUGAUCAUCACGUGCAAGAAGCAGACAGUUUAAAAGCACUGGUAGUCAUCGAUACCAUGCAGCGCUUUGGCAUCGAUCACUACUUUGAACAUCAAAUCACGCAAUGUCUGAAGAACCAACAUUCUCAACCUCUUCUUUAUAACCAUAAUGGUGAUCAUCAUCUUUAUGCAGUUUCACUUCGUUUUCGACUGUUAAGGCAACAAGGUUUCCACGUCCCUUCAGAUGUAUUCAACAGCUUCAAAGGUGAGAAUAUGAAGUUUAAGAAUGCAUUGUCGGAAGACAUAAGGGGGCUCAUGUCUUUGCAUGAAGCCUCACAUCUGUGCAUAGAAGACGACGAAGACAUCUUAGAUGAGGCGUUCCUAUUUUCUACCAAUUUUCUCACCGCAAGAUUGCCACAUCUUGAUGAUUCCCAUGCCUCCAUGGUUCAAAACACACUGCACUAUCCCCAUCACAAAAGCUUGCCUCGCUUCAUGACAAAUCAUUAUCUUAAAAAUCAUGACCUCAAAACGGAUUGGGAGAAGCUCCUAGCAAAUUUAGCAAUAAUGGAUCACAACGUCAUGCAACGUAAAUACCAUGAAGAAAUCCUUCAGGUUUUCGAAUGGUGUAAAGGGCUUGGUUUAUCGGAGGAGUUGAAGCUAGCCAGGAAUCAACCACUCAAGUGGUACAUUUGGUCUAUGGCUAUGGCUACGGAUCCAUGUUUGUCAAAGCAAAGAAUAGAGAUAACCAAGCCAAUCUCCCUUGUCUACAUCGUGGAUGACAUUUUUGAUAUUUAUGGUACAAUUGAUGAACUUACUCUUUUCACAGAAGCAAUAAACAGGUGGGAAUUCCCGGAAAUUGAUAAAUUACCAAAUUACAUGAGAAUGUGUUUCAAGGUAAUUCAAGAAACCACACAUGAGAUCAGCAAUGUAGUUUACCAAGAGUUUGGAUGGAACCCUAUAGACUAUUUGAAAAAAGCGUGGACAAGUUUGUGCAAUGCAUUUCUAACCGAGGCAAAGUGGUUUGCCUCUGGGCACUCACCAAAGGCAGAUGUGUACUUGAAAAAUGGGAUAAUAAGCUCAGGAAUACCCAUGGUCCUCACCAACCUCUUCUUUCUCUUGGGCUAUGGUGAAUCCACUGGGACCACAGAUAUUGAAGGCAUUAUAUCUUCAGUAGCCGCAAUUCUUCGCCUCCUGGACGACCUAGGAACUGCAAAGGAUGAGGAACAAGAAGGAAAAGAUGGAUCUUACAUGGAGUACUACAUGAAAGAGCAACAAGGUUGGUCAUUAAGUGAUGGAAGGCAGCAUGUUCUAGAUAAGGUUUCCCAGCAGUGGAAGCUACUAAAUAAGCAUUGCCUCUCGUCAACCACAAUUCCAACAUCAUUCAAAACAGCUUGUCUAAAUGUAGCGAGAUUGGUUCCGAUGAUGUACACUUACGACGACAACCAUCGCCUUCCUGUCCUUGAAGAGCAUGUCAAGUUUAUGUUUUCAAAUAUCAAGGAAGACUUGAUGUGGUGAAAGUGAUUAUAAAUUCAGUAAUUUUGUUACUUGCUAGAUGAUUUAUGUGAUUUCGGCAUUGGAUUAUU